AUGACUGAGAAGUUUAAUUGCAGAGCUAAGGAUUUGUAUGAGAUUUUAAUGUAUGAGAAUCGUUGGAAAGGUUUUACACAGAGUAAUGCUAAGAUUAGUAAAGAUGUGAAUGGGGAGAUUAGUGUGUUUGAUGGGUCUGGGACUGGAAUGAAUCUGGAGCUUGAAGAAGGAGUGAAGAUUACUUUUGAUGAGCUUGAACCAGGAGUCACCAUUGUUAAUCUUAGUCACACUGACGUUCCUGAAGAAGACAGAAUGAAAUCUCCUGGAAUGUAUGACUGUUGUAUAGCUUGGUUAUAG